UGCUUCCGCAGGUCAGAGGAACAUCAUGUCUGCUUCAUCUUGGUUCAUCGGCUGGAUCUUACUGUCAGAAGCCUUCUUCUGUUGGUCUGAAUAUCGGAGAAACAUCUCAGCUGAACCUGGACAGAGCGUCACUCUGCCAUGUCAGCAUCCUGACAACUACACCCUCAUAGCUGUAGAGUGGAGCAGAACUGAUCUGGGGGAUAAAUACGUCCUUCUCUAUCGAGACCAGCAGAUGGAUAAAUCCUAUCAGGAGCCGUCUUUCUCGGACCGGGUGGAUCUUCAGGACAGACUUAUGGAGGAUGGAGGCGUUUCUUUGGUUCUGCAGGACGUGAGAACUUAUGAUACAGGAACAUAUGAGUGCAGAGUGGUCCACAGUGGCUUAAGUGAAGCUAAAUUGAAUAAUGGUCCCGUCUGCACCAUCCACUUGGAUGUAGCUCCUCCUCCUCCAGGGAACAAAGAUGGAAACAAAGAGGAUGAAGAGAACCUGGAUGAAGGGAACAAGGAUGAAGGGAACAAGGAUGAAGGGAACAAGGAUGAAGAGAACCUGGAUGAAGGGAACAAGGAUGAAGAGAACCUGGAUGAAGGGAACAAGGAUGAAGGGAACAAGGAUGAAGGGAACAAGGAUGAAGGGAACAAGGAUGAAGAGAACCUGGAUGAAGGGAACAAGGAUGAAGAGAACCUGGAUGAAGGGAACAAGGAUGAAGGGAACAAGGAUGAAGGGAACAAGGAUGAAGAGAACAAGGAUGAAGGGAACAAGGAAGGAGUGAAGGAAGGAUCCAUUGUUCUGCCAGUUUUCUUCAUGAUCCUCAUCUUCACUGUAGCUUUUCUCAUUGUUAGAGUUCGUUGUGUCAGACCAAAGAUCUUCAGAGAGAUGAUGCUUAAAAGAAGGUUAAAAUGGUAGUCAGAGCCUCACGAGGAGUUCCUGUGAAACCUUGAGCCGGCCCAAUGUAUAAGUCCCAUGUAGUCACCUUCCUGGUUUCAGAGUCAUUAUUUAAAGCCAAUUGAAUGUUUUCUGCUGGCAUAUGAACUGGACAAUGUUUGGUGCACGUUGUUGUAUCUUGGUCAGAAGGUAAAAGUCUUUUUUCCGUAGCUGCUUGUGAACGCAACAUUGAAGUUGGGCCCUGCUCCUCAGCCAGCGCAGCGGGGACCUGUUUCUACAGACAGGAGUUCUGAUCAAUUAAGGUAACUUCAGGUUCAGUUCAGGUUCUUCAGCUGGGUCCCUUCUUACCUAGGUCUGUCACCAUGGCAACAUAUCCUGGAACCCUGACAUGCUCUAGAAUAGGUCAGGGUUCCAGAUUAGAGACAAAGACAGCGCCACCUAUUGAUGAAUCUAUGGACUUGACUCUGCAGGGUCUGAUGUUUUCUUCUCCUCUCAUGUUCCAAUGUGACGUCUUCUGUUUCAUUUUUAUCUUAGUGGGAGAAGCUUUGUUCAUGUUAAACUGAAGGUUAAACAGUUUUAUUUCUUCAUAAAAACUGUAAAAAUUGAAGGUAUUUAAAGGGACAAACCAGCCGCCACAUGUUCUCUGUUGCAUCACAGAGUCUGGAUGACAGAGAAGGAGCUCAGGAACUCACGGUUCCUCUGUAGUUCUGGCCUUCAGCUUAAAGUUGUUUUACUGCUGGAAGCUGAAGCUCCACCCUGCUUCAAGCUCAUUGGAGCAUCAUCUGGCUGACUGCAGACGCUCCUCGUUGCAGCACCCUGCGACCUUUGGAGACCAGACCUGGUUAACCUCUCCAGAACUGGAGCUGAGGAACCCGUUCUGUAUCAGUGUGCUUCAGCCUGACGUGUCUGAUCUGGGUUGAAGGACCCAAAUGACACACGGUGAUCCAGGAUUGUCCUAGAUUUAGUUCCACCAACUCUGACUAGCUUCUCUGGCGCUGCUGAAGAAAAGCAUCCCCACAGCAUGACGCUGCCGCCACCAUGUGUCACUGUGGCGAUGACGUGGUUAGGGUGUUAGCAUUUUGGAUGUAGACCAAUGGUUUCCUGUUUGGUCCGAUCUGAGCUUAGAACCUUGUUCCGCAUGCUCUGACUGCAAACAGAACUUCUGCUCCCUCAUUGUCCACUAUGUCAACAACAAUAACAACAUUACAUGACAAACUGUUGUUCCAUAGAGAGAUUUACCUGCAGGAGCUGUGGAUCUCUGCAGCUCCUCCAGAGUUACCAUGGGCCUCUUAACUGCUUCUCUGAUUAAUGGUCUCCUUGCCCAGCCUGUCAGUUUAGGUGGACCUCCAUGUCUUGGUAGGUUCAUCCUCUCUCCAUGUUCAAAUGAUGGAUUGAACAGAACUCUGGGAGAUGUUCAGAGUUUGGCAUAUUGUUGUAGAACCUAUUUUAAACAGUUUUAUCUAAAGUGGAACCAUCCUUACCUUUUAAUGGUUCUGAACGGUUGUUUCUCUCCUUCGUUAGCUCCCAGCAGGAUUACUGGACCUCCCUGUAUGUUGUCAUGACUGGAUCAGAAUACUGCAGCUUGUUUCUGAUCAUGAACAACAAAGCAUGAACAUAUCUCCUCAGUUCUCCCUUCCCUGGAAUUGAUUUUAAAGUUUUAUUGAUUACCUUUAAGGCCCUGAAUGAACAGGCUCCUGUAUACCUGGCUGACCUCCUGCAGCCUUAUGUGACCUCUAGAUCCCUUAGAUAUAAUGAUCAUUUGCUUCUAGUGGUCCCAAGGUCCAGACUGCUCCACAGAGGUGAUCAGAUCUUUGCAGAACCAGCUCCACCUUCAGAUCAGACAGACUUCAACUCUUUUAAUAGAGCAUAAGGCUGACUCAUGGUUUUAUUUUGUCUCUUGGUGUUUUUAACCUAAUAUUGUUGUAAUAUGUUGUUUUAGUGGCCGGUUGAUUUUAUAUCUGCUAUAUACAUAAAACUGAUUUGAUUGAUUUGAACCCUGCAUUAAACUUCUCCACAGCUUCUCCCUGA